UCCAAACGCCUCCUUACCAACAUUCCCAGAUGUCGUGCAUCACACGCGCCGUAUCUUUACUCUACUCUCUGAUUAGACCUUAGAGAAGUCAUCAAUGGCGACUCUCAACUUACUCAAUUCAAGCCUUUCCCAAUCACGGCUGCUCCAAUCCGACAAACAAUCAAAUCUAAAAACUGCAAAUUACCGCCAGAUUCCUUCAUGGAUAUCCCUCAAACCAACCAGCUCCGCAGUCAAAAUCGCCGAUACUCACCGCGGCGAUGUCGAGAACGUCCAUUUAAUCUCCCUCUGCAAGCAGGACAAACUCAAGGAAGCUCACGAAUUCCUUCUUGAAAUGGAACGUUGCAACGUCUCCGUCGCUCCACAAUCUUACAAGCACUUGCUCGAAGCGUGCUCGAAGCUGAAAUCUCCGACCACCGGGAGGCAAAUCCACCGCCGAUUAGGGCAGAAUCCGCCUGUCUUCAUUCUGAAUUGGGUGCUCCAAAUGUACUGUAACUGCGGCUGUAUAUCGGACGCUCGGAAAGUGUUCGACGAAAUGCCUAAAAGAACAUUAGCUUCAUGGAUCACUAUCAUAUCUGCAUACGCAAAUUCAGGGCAAUCACAGAAAGCAUUAGAGCUGUAUCUAAGCAUUCAAACGUCGGAUUCGAAGCCAAAUCCUUCGAUCUACAUCACACUUCUGAAGAAUCUUUCAAACAUGGAGUUGGGGAAGCAAAUGCACUGUCAAGUGAUCAAGGCAGGUUAUGCUGAAAAUGUAGCCAUGGAAACCACUCUAUGCAACAUGUAUGUUAAUUGUGGGGAUUUGGACAAUGCCGAGGCUAUAUUCGAUCGAAUUAACGGCAAGAACACCGUCUCUUGGACAUCGAUGAUCGUCGGAUUUACUCAAUCGGGAAGGAUCCCCGACGCCCUGAGAUGUUUCCGGAGAAUGGUGGAUGAGGGCGUCGAUUUGGACGAGUUCGUUUUUUCGAUAACCUUGAAAGCUUGUGCUUCAAUGGAGGAUUGGAGGACAGGGGAGCAGGUUCAUGGUUUAAUCGUCAAGCUCGGAAUGGAAACGGACGUGUCCGUCGGUACGCCUCUCGUUGAUUUCUACGUUAAGCGUCGGAACAUCGAAUCAGCCGCGCGGACAUUUGCGUGCAUCGAAAAUCCGAACGACGUGUCUUGGAGCGCAAUGCUUUGCGGCUAUUCUGAAAAUGGAGACUUCGAAAAAUGCAUCGACGUUUUCAAGUCUUUGAGAAGAGAAGGCGACGCCGCGUUGAACGAAUUCAUUUACACGACCGUUUUCCAAGCCUGCUCUUCGCUCGCCGAUUUCGCCUCCGGUUCGCAAGUGCACGCCGACGCCGUCAAGCGAUGCUUAAUCUCCCGAAUGUACGGUGAAAGUGCGAUGAUCACGAUGUACGCAAAAUGCGGACGGUUGGAUUACGCCUACCGCGUUUUCGAAUCCAUCGACGAGCCUGACACCGUCGCGUGGACAGCCAUGCUUGCGGGAUACGCGUACCACGGCUACGCGUCCGAAGCCGUGACGCUUUUCGACAAAAUGCGGACGUCCGGCGCGAGAAUAAAUCCCGUUACGUUCGUCGCCGUGAUCACGGUUUGUAGCCACGCGGGUCUCGUCGAAGAAGCAAAUGGAUACUUACAAUCGAUGCGGAGCAAGCAUGGCUUCGAGCCGAAUCUCGACCACUACAACUGCGUAAUCGACGCGUACGCUCGAGCGGGGCGGCUUACGGAGGCGGCGAAUAUGAUAACGGCAAUGCCGUUCGAACCAGACGCGAUGAGCUGGAAAAGCCUACUCGGGGGCUGCUCGAUCCACCGGAAUUACCAGCUCGGGAAAACCGCGGCGGAAAAGCUGAUCCAGCUCGAUCCGAACGAUACAGCGUCGUACAUCCUGCUGUUCAACUUGUACGCCGCGUCGGGGAGAUGGGACGAGGCGGCGAACGUCAGGAAGGCGAUGGCGGGACGGGGAUUGAAGAAAGAGAUCGGCUGCAGUUGGAUUACCGUUAAGGGAUGCGUACACCGAUUCAUCGUCGGCGAUCGACACCAUCCCCGGACGGAUGAGAUUUACGGGAAACUCGAGGAUUUGAGAUUCGGCGGCGACGGAAGCGACGACGGAGGGGAGAUUGCGGUCGAGAGGGCGCAACAGGCGCUCGUACACAGCGAGCGGCUGGCGAUCGUUUUUGGAUUGAUCUCGACAGAGGAUUCGCCGGUGGUGGUGUUUAAGAACCUCCGGGCGUGUAGGGGCUGCCAUGAGUUCGGGAAGUAUGUGUCGGCGGUCACCGGCCGGAGGAUUGUCGUCCGAGAUUCUAGUAGGUUCCAUCACUUCAGCUCCGGCCAGUGUUCUUGCGGCGAUUACUGGUGAUCCAGUCUAGGGGUGUUGAACUACUUCUGAGUAUAUGUUGUUCAAGUUCCACUCAAAUAUGGUAUUAGUAUGUAUACGAAUUGGUUGGUCUAAAAUUCGAGUUAAAAUAGUAGCUUGAACUAAGUUUGAAAUCGAGCUCCUUUGGUUUAAAUUUUGUACAUAUUAUAUAUUUGUUGAUAUAAAACUUAAAUAAAU